AUGUCCGCGCUACGAGAUAUUUCAACGAUACCGAAUACCACAACGCGCACCUCUGAUUAUUUACUGCCGCCACUGUCGGAUGCGGAUAAUCUAUGGCACUCAAAAAUGAAUUUUCCCGUACGGAGUAGCGAUAUCUCAACACCUCACGAACGGCUUGAGGAGUGCGACCGCUUUGAGAAAAUUUACAAAGGAUACGAUGCCUACCACUCGCAGGUCCGCAAACUAGACUGGCUAAAAAGUCACCACGCGUACACCGCCUCCCCCGAAGUCUCAAAACACGCCGAAUGGCUCAUUGAAACCCUUUACGCAAUCGUCGCUCGAUGGGAAGAAGUCCUACCUUAUAUCGCAGAGCCAUAUCCCAUACCUCUCAAUAGUCCCUCCACAUUCCCUUUCAAUGCAAUUCCGGAACCACCUUCUGGAAGGGAGAGCCUUGGUGUGCUACUGGAAGGCCUUGAAGGCAGAGGCAGAGCGAUGAUGGGUCAGCCUUUCAUAAACAACGCUGAUGUCCUCGCUGAGAUCGAUCUUCCUGGCUUUGGAACGAGACGGGUGCUGAAGGUGUUCAAAUUGUUCGAGGUGCAACAGCUUGCUCUACACACUUGCUUUAUUCGUAACCUCGUCUUGAGCAUGGAUAAACUGGAGACUGCUUGUAGACAGCAUGGGGUUAUAUCCACGAGUGUUGGGUCUGGGUGCGUUGCCGAUAUGCUAGUGGAUGUCGAGAGGGAUGUGUUGCUGGUUCUCACUCCUCCUGCGAUGGAAAGCAGCGAUGGGCCUUUCGAUGUGGAGAAACCAACCCUAUCCUUGAGCGUGCUGGAACAUGGCUGUUUGACACAAAUCCGAAGUAGAAGCACAGCCGUGCGUAGAGGUGGGAACAUCAUGCGUAUUGCUCUUGACAAUCGCUCUUACUUGCCCUUCGACAACUCGACUGUUAUUUCAUUCCAAAGGUGUUCAAGCUCAUGA